AUGCAGAUGGAUAUAGAGACAAAGACGAAGAUGAAGAUCAAGAUAAAGACAAAGAUGAAGAUGGAGAAUGACAAUGAUAAAAAUGAAGAUCGAGGCAAAGAUAAAGAUGCAGAUGAAGAUAAAGAUAACGAUAAAGAUGAAGAUAGAGACAAAGAUAAGGAUGAGGAUAAAGAUAGAGAUAAAGACAAAGAUGAAGAUGAAGAUAAAGACAACGAUAAAGAUGAAGAUAGAGACAAAGAUAGGGAUGAGGAUGAAGAUAGAGAUAAAGACAAAGAUAAAGAUGAAGACAGAGAUAAGGAAAAAGUUCUCAAUGAUGAAGAUAAAGACAAAGAUAAAGAUAACAAUGAUAACAGAGAUAAAGACAAAGAUGAAGAUGAAGAUAAAGAGAACGAUAAAGAUGAAGAUAGAGACAAAGAUAAGGAUGAGGAUAAAGAUAGAAAUAAAGACAACGAUAAAGAUGAAGAAAGAGAUAAAGGCAAAGGCAAAGAUGACAAUAAUGACAGAGAUAAAGAUAAAGAUAAAGUUGAAUGA